AGGCUAGAUGGCUCAAGGCGGAGUCAGCUGUGUCGUCACUUGGCGGCCAUCUUAGGUCAGUGCUGCCAUAGUGCUGCUCCCUGCUGCUGUGGACGGAAGGUGAGUGACAUACGCCAACUAAAAUGCUCGUAACUUGCUGAAUUCUUGACGGAUUUACAAACGGUUUGGUUUUUUACAAACGUUAUUAACGUGGCUAUAAUUCUGGAUGCUUUAACAUGUUUCAUGAUUUUUUUAUUUAUUUUUAGUAUACGUAUUCAGUGUCAUAGGUACAUCUUUGACGUUUAUAACAAACCAAUCCGUUUGAAAAUCGGUAAAAAAUUAAGCAAGUUAUGGUCAUUUAAAAGUACCUGCAUCAUUAAAACUCAAUGCUACGAGUGAGCGAGCGACCUGUCCUAAGAUGGCCGCCAAAAUGCAGACGUUCCACUCAAUUGGCCAUCAGCGCGGACGAGCCAUCUAGCCUUUAUAUACAUAUCUAUGGGUGCACCUGUGAGGGACGUUAUCAAAAUUUUGAUUUUCUUUUAAACAAAUACGUGUUUUGAAACAACACAAAAAAAGUGUUGUUCUUUUAAAUUUCUGAGAAGUCGAUGCAGUAAAUGUUAACAAAUUGUCAGUUAAACUCAAAGACUUUUAUUUUGAAAACUCAAAGUAAGUGACUAGGUUGCCGUUUGCUUAUGGUGUAAGAUUUUUAAUUGUAAACUUCUAACCGGCGAUUUAUUGUCAUCGGUAUUGCAGACUGAAUUUUCAAUGCAAGGUAUCAGACUGAUUCCUGCGUUUAAAGGUCUCAGACACUUUGCCACAACUACGAUGAGGCGAGCAGUGUCUGAGUUCCAGAUGACUGUCCCAUGGGGAGAGGUCAGAGGUCAGGUUUGGGGUCCUGCUCAUGGUCGGCCGGUGCUCUGCUUGCAUGGUUGGGCAGACAACAGUGGAACUUUUAAUAGGCUGAUCCCACUUCUUCCAAAUGACUGGAGAUUUGUCGCCAUUGAUUUUGCGGGUCAUGGCCUGUCCUCCCAUAGGGCUGCUGGUUGUUUUUACCUCUUUACUUUGUAUGUGGCAGAUGUUCGGCGAGUUGUUGAAGCUCUUCAAUGGAAACGAUUCUCCAUAAUUGGACAUAGUAUGGGUGGGAAUGUGGCAGGAAUGUUCAGUGCACUGUACCCAGAGAUGGUCGAAUCUUUAGUUAUCUUGGAUUCUUAUGGAUUCUUACCAACCAAAAUGAAUUCCAUAAUGGAUUACAUGCAACAAGGGAUAGAUCAGAUAGUCCAAUAUGAAAAAGAGUCGGAUGAACGGACAGAGAAGGUGUACACGUAUGAGAAUGCCAAACAGAGGUUAAUGGCUGCAAACCGUUUCCUUACUGAAGAGUCUGCAGACAUCCUUUUAGAGCGAGCAGUUCGGGAAGUUGAGGGAGGUGUGGUAUUCAACAGAGACUUCAGAAUUAACCUGAGAAACAUAGCAAUGGUUACGCUGGAACAGAGCCUGUAUAUGCAGUCUAAAAUUCAAGCCAGAGUGAUGUUACUCAAGGCAAGCCAGGGGUUUGAUAAACAGUUCCCUUUUCAUUACGGAUAUGCAGAUGCCCUUCAGAAGGGUUGGUUAGAGCAAAAAGCCACCAUUGUAGACAUAGAAGGAGACCAUCACGUUCAUCUCAACAACCCAGAGAUGGUAGCCCCCAUAAUCACUGAUUUUCUUCAGUCCCACAGUACUGACCAGGCAAAGAGUGACAGUGAAGGACAGACUGCCAAAUUAUAACCCAAAUGCAGCAUACACAUUGGCUAAUUCCUUUAUUCUUAUUACUAAUCACUAAACGCUUAAUUGUUUUGGAGAUUACAAUUUUAGGUUAUCUUUUAUGAAAUUUUUUAACAGAUCAAUGGAUUUUCGGAUCCAAACUAUUAGCUUUUCUUGUUUGGUGAUUAGUACCCCUACUCUAGUGAUUUAGGUGUGCAGGAUGUUACCACCUGCGUAUGUGGACAGGGUUGGGUUUUCAUUAUACAGAUUUGGGUAAAGUUGUUUUUUAGAGCAACAACAUUCAGAGCAAUUCUGCAAAACACCUGUCUGUAUAAAAUGUAAUUGUAUAUCCAGACAGACCCAGAUUAUUAUUAAAUCCACAUUUAUGAAAUCAAUACGGCAGCCACCAUCCUUCUGAUGGUAACUCAAAUUGCUUAAAAAGAACAAACUUUUGUGUUGUUUGUGUUUUGUUGUUUACGCUGUUGGUUUUUGUUGGGACAGUUUGAAGAUGAUAGUUACGUUUCCCACUGUUCUUCAUCAAACAGACGACUUUAAAUGUCUGAAAUGUUGGUGCUUGUAAAUGUCUAAACCAGAACAAAUGUAAAAAAGUGCCUUUAAGUUUUUAUUAUUCUAUGUCUUUUAUAUUCACUGAAAGACACAUUAAUAUAAAAAAAACAUAACACAAACAACUAAAACUUGUUUCUGUUGUCUGUAAAAUAUAUUCAGUUAAUUUUGUGUGGAAUUAUGAGGUUAAAGGGCCAAUAUAAAUCUCAGGUGUGCCUGGAAUGUGUCUGUGAAGUUUCAGCUCAAAAUACCCCAAUAAUUGUUAUAGCAUGUCCAAAAUGUCCCUAUUUGACCUUUAAAUGCAAAUGAGCAACUGCUUUCUGUUAAAAAAAGAUCUGAUUCCUGUUAAUACAGUCUAAGACAAAAGUAUAUUUAGCCACAUUAGGUCCUACAA